AUGGCGAAACAUUCACAAAAGGCACUUAUAACGGUAUUGAAGUCUUACGUAGAGACAAGGAUGGUUACAUUAAUGCAACAAAUAUGUGUCAGCAGUUUAGGAAAGACUUUAGAAAGUUGUUGGAAAAUAAGUCCUGGGAAGAGUAUUAUAAGGCAUUUUGUGAAGAAUAUAGCAACCGCCGGAAUUCAGACGGUUGUUUUUUUAUACAAAAUUCAUGCAGGAAUUCCUGAUGAAAUCAAACAGGUUAGAGGAACGUAUGUAGACCCAAGACUUAUAAACUAUAUAGCAAUGUGGGCUUCUCCAAAAUAUUGCAUAGCAGUUGGAAAAAUUAUGGACUCCAUAGACAAGAAAGUUCAUGAGAAAUUAGAUGAAGAAGAACUUGAAGAUACAGUAGAGAAUGCUAAACCUUUGUUCGAACAAGAAGUUAGAAAAAUGUGUGAAAAACAAUUAGAACAUGAACGUGAGAUAUAUUAUGGUUAUAGAGAUUCUCCAUACGAACUAGACCAAUGGGAACAAGAAGAUUUAAAGAGAGAAUUUAGAGAAUAUGAACUCGCUAAGAUAGCAUUAGAAGCUGCAGAAAAGAAGUUAAAAGCUUGGGGGUCGUUUUGUACAAAAAUAUUGUGA